UCCCAAUACUCCCAUCCACCAAAACACCAAUCUAUUUCUUCUACGACUCCUUUUUCUCUUUCUCCGCCAGCUGCUCCUUCUCCCUCUUUCUCGCAAGAUACCGUUCCCGCGCACUCUGUACAUCACUCGCCGUCUUCGAACUCUUAAUCUUCGCCGCCAACUCCUUAGCCUUCGCCUCCUUCUCCUCCUCUUCCUUCCGCAUCCUCUCCUCUAACUGUGCCGCCAGCAUCUCCGUCUGCCGCGCCCGCUGGGCCGCACGACCAGAACCAGCAACAUCCACACCCCUCCAUCUCGCCUCUCCACCCCACCCAGCGGAACCAGCCGCCUUCUCCGCCCCCGCAGCGGGCGCCGCCUUCGCUUUACUAGGUUUCUGCGCGACGUUCAACCCAGCCGUAAGCAGCUGUCGCUUAUCAACAACCUGCCCCUCGUCAUUAAGAAUAAUAUUCGCGCCGCGCGCAUUCAACUCCGCAGCAAUCUGUGCCUCGCUCUUCUCGCCCGCUUCCAUUUCUUCCUUCUCUUCCUGCAAUUUCGCCUUAUCCACCCCGUCCUCCGCCGGACGACUCCGCACAGCUUCCUCCGCCGCCCUAACCACCUCCUCAUGCCGCUUUGCGCCGCGCUCAAGCAUACUCUUAUAGAAUCCCACCAUCCCACCCCCCUUCUUCCGCCUCUCCUCUUCCUCCCUCUCCCUCUCCGCCUCCUCCGCCUCUAUCCUCCGCGCCUCCUCCUGCUGCGCCUUGUACGCCGCGGUCACAAACUUUUCCUUAUCAGCAUACUCCUCGCCUUCUGCCUCGCGUUCGCGCUGGAGUUGUUUAUCGCGCGCGCGCAAUUGGUCGCGCUUGCGAAUCUCUGCACUGCGGAGGAGGGCAGUCAUGUAUUUGGGUGUUGAGGCUUCGUUGGCGGCGGCAGACGAGGAGGUGGAUGGAGGUUUGGCGUGGAGGGAGUCGUAGACGGCAUCGUAGUCAUAGAUGGAUGAGUCGAGGGCCUCGGCGGUUUGGGCGUGUUUUCUGCUGCUGUGGAGGCUGGAGAGGUUUGUGUAGUGGUUUGUUUGGGGAGGUGGGUUUUUCAGCUUGGAGGUGGCGGGCUUUUUUGAGGAAUGCCUGCCUUCGUCGUCAGUGUUUCUGGUGGUGGUGCUGUUGUUGUGGUCGUCGUCGUCAAGACCGCCUAUGGUGGAGAUUUCUACGGAGCCAUCGCCUUCUUUUUGAGCGCUGUCGUCUUCGGAAUCUGAGUCGAAGAUCGUCCUCUUGCGCUUCUGCGGGUUGUUGGUGUUGGGGAGCGGGAGUCCUUGACGCUUCUUGUUUGGGAGGUUGAGGCCGUAGGAGAGGGUUGGGCGUGACAUUGUGAAGACGAUCGGAUGGACAUAAGAUUAAAUUAACAUGUCCUCAGAUAGAAAAUCUAUCUAUUUGAGUAAUGGAAGAACUCUCAGUCCUGUUAUGUGAAUAUUGUUUGUUAUACUUCCUGCUCCCGCACCCCAUACGCCAGAAAUCCGAACAGUAAAGCCGUUAAGUCAUGUCAUAUUACUUUACAAUCCUCUCCCCCACCGACGCCCCUCUCUUCAGCCACUCCUUCGGCACUUCCAAGGCGGGCGGAGAUGGUGUCGCCCGCUUCCGGUUCCCAGACAAUGCGCCAUACAUGAACCAAUUUAUAGUCCACGCUAGUCUAGACAUUGUCGAGGAGCUCCAAUGGUCCAACGGUGCUAUGUACCUAAAGCACAUCGACACCUACCCCCCAACCUCCGCCUACGUCUCCGCCUUCCUCACCGGCUCAGGCUCCCGCUUCCUGCUCCUCCACCAACCCCCGCAACCCCCCUCAUCCUCGACAGCAGGAGGCGCCACAUCUAGCCCACUCUCCGCUUCCGCAGUCUCCACGACGUCCUCGCGCACCUCAUCUUCGUCUAUAGCUAAUAACCCCACCUCACCGCAGACGGAGGAGGCCAUCCGGCAAUUUAUGAAUGAAGUGUAUGAGAACUGGGUGAAGACGGUGAUGAGUCCGUUUUACCGGCAAGGAAUGGAAAUUACGAGCCCGGUUUUUAGGGGGAGGGUGGCGGCGGCGGGAAGGAAGUGGUUGUGAUUGACUUUUCUAUGCCUUUUCCUGUUUUUCCUAUUUUUUCCCGUUUUGUUUGGGAAGGUGUUGGGAGUUACUUGUGUUUUUGGAGCUUGACCUUGCAUCCUGUUUGGGAUUGUGUGGGUUGGUGUUCAGGAGUUUUGUUUUGCAUAAGUGGGAGGAGAAAAAUAUAGAACAGUAUCUAUCAUCCAGGAAAGCGUGAGAAAGGUAGCGCAUGUUUGGUGUUACGCGAGAGUUGCGUUAUGAUACCCAAGUUAUCUAGUGUUCAUAUAUAUAUAUAUAUAUUUCCUGUUUCACCAAAUCAGCCAAUUCUUGUUGGCGGAAUAACUAAUUUGACCAUAGAGGGGUCACUUAAGCCCUCGAGCCGUGUGCAACUGCUUAGGAUGUGAUAAGCCAAACAACGGCUUCAACCAAGCCAAGGCAGGCAGGGGGACAGAGAGGAUAGAAUCCAGAAACAUAAGGGGGAGAGUUGCAAUAGAAUAGUUCAGGGAAAUGAUAAUAGAGACGGCUUCCAC